CCGACACGUGUCCCGCCGCCCGCGCAUGCUCUGCUCUGGCUCUGCUUGCCGGUCGCCGCCUCCUCCCCCUCGCCCCUUGUCCCCUCUUCAUCCCUUCGCCGAUGGCCGCCGCCGCCGCCGCCGCACAAGCAGACCCCUUCACGGCGUACAAGCUCCUCCUCUCCUGCCCCGCAGGCCUCCCUCGCUCCCGGGUCUCGGUGAAGUUCGACCCGUCAUUCGACCGGAUCCCCCACCCAGAUGCGUCCCUGGAAGGAUCCAUAGGCGAGAUAUGGAACCAAAGGCUCCAGCAGAACUCAUCGCUCUACAGCGGUACCAAGUUCCGGUAUGGAGGGCAUGCCUCGGACCACAAUGAUGAAUCAAAUCAGGAGUACUGCAUCUCACUUCAUUUGGGUCUCACAGAUUAUAGGACAUUUGUAGGAACAAAUCUCAGUCCACUGUGGGAGAAAUUUUUGGUCCCCUCUGAAGAUGACAAUGUCUGCUGCCAACACAUGUCAAAUCCACUGGGAAAUGGUGCGAUUGUUGAAACAUCUGACCAAAAAAUUAUUGUAUUGCAAAGGAGCAACAAUGUGGGUGAGUCUCCGGGAUACUAUGUUUUUCCAGGAGGACAUUCUGAGCCACAGGAAGUGGGAAUCUUAGCUCAUCAGAAUGGCAAAAAAGACAUUGCUCUUCUCAAUGAAAGAGUAUCCAAAGAAAUGUUUGAUGGAAUCAUCCGUGAAGUUGUUGAGGAAACUGGAGUUCCUGCUAGUUCACUGACAGAACCCGUGUUCAUUGGAGUUUCUCGCAGAGAAAUGAAUGUUAGGCCAGCGGCAUUCUUUUUCAUGAGAUGUAACAUUGAUUCCAGUGCUGUAACUGAGCUUUAUUCUAGAGCUCAAGAUGGCUACGAAUCCACUAAUCUGUAUACAGUCUCAGCGGAAGAAUUACGAGGGUUGAGCCAUCAAAUGACUGGUUGCCACUGUGGUGGUUUUGCUCUCUACGAACUUAUGAGGAACACUGCAUAAAAUUUGUGAGCAUACCGAUAGGGACUAAAUUCUUCAAGAGUUCAGAUGGAGAGAGAUCCACAGACACACAACAAACUCAAAAAAGGUUACCGACAUUCAAACCAAGGGCACUGUUCUCUGGAGUAGAUGAGUUCUUUCCAUCUGCGUUCAACACACACAUCAGACACAGAGUUUUUAUUUUUCCUUUGUUCUUCCUGCACAGUGCAGUGCAAAAUCCAAUAAUAUUUUGCAUCUACUUUGAUUUUGGGAUUAUGGUAAUAUACAGCGGUAACGAACAUGAAAUUUCUUGUAAUUUGUGUCCCAGGGGGUGUUAUACCAUUCAUUUUCCAGCAA